CGCACUUCCAUGGAGACGAAUCCAAACUCUACUCAUCGGCGCUCUUUUCAAACCACUUUACCGCUGAAACCAAGUAACAGGGAGGAUUUAUUAUCCCAUUUUAAAGAGCGAUGUUUUGCACAUACAGAAUAAGCAUAGUGAACAGUAUUUUAUCCCAAAGAAGACGUUUCUUGAAGCUUUGUUGACUUACGCUGUCAAGUUCCUCGCAGAAUCACUGUGGCACUUCAUCAUCACAGCCAUGAACAGUAGCGCAGAGAGAAAGUUUGUUAAUUUGAGAAAGCGUCUGGACCAGCUGGGCUACAGGCAGCCACUGGGCAUUGAAUCACUUCCCCUGGUGGAGAAACUUUUUAGCGAUCUGGUCCAUACUACUGAAAGUUUGCGCAGUGCCAAGCUUUCUGCUGGGAAGACUGAGAAGGAAAGCAAAAACUUUGAUGCUUUACUUGAACCUUACAAGACGGAAAAUGCCCGACUUGUCCGAGAGAACAAUGAGCUCCACUUGGAUCUACUGAAGCUGAAGGAGGACAAGGACCAUGUCAUCAGUGAGCUUAAGACACAUAUCAGGAAACUGGACCAUGAGACUACUGACCUGAAGUUUUUAAACAACCAAUAUGUGCACAAAGUCCGCUGCCUGGAGAAGGACAGUAAAGCUAAAGGAGACCGCAUCCAGCAGCUUCAGGAGAAGAACAUGCAAGCAGUGGUGCAAACCCCGGGUGGGAAAAAACACAGUAUUCCCUUUAGGCGUCAGAGAAUGCAAAUAGAUGAUUUGAUUCCUCCCUCUUCAUCAUCUUCAUAUCCUGUGCCGCAGCCUGAUGACCCUUAUGUAGCUGACAUGUUGCUUUUGGCAGAUGGAAGAAUCCAUGAACUUCAGGAAGACAUAGUAAAACUUAAACUAGAUCUGGAGAAUUGCCAUGAGACAAUAAAACACCUCAACAUUCAAGUGGAGGAGAGAGAUAAAGAGAUUGAUCGUUUGAAUCGCAUGCUUCAUGGGGGACGACCUCAUGACGUUAUUUCUCUUGAAGCACAAAAUGUCAGUAAUGAGAAAAUGAUCGCACACCUCAAUCUGCAGAUUGAGUAUCUUCAAGAGACCAAUAGGACGCUGGACCAGAAGGUUCAGGGACUGCAGCAGAAGAAGAAACAUGCCUCCAGUGAAGUCGCCAAUCUGUCUCUGAAAAACCUGGAGCUGUGUGAAGAACUGACACACAUUGAUGACCUCGCCAAGAAGCUAGAGAUGGAUAAAGACCGAGUGUUGGAGACAGCUGACCAAGAGCUUCUAGAAAGCAAAGAAAAAAUCCAUAGGCUGCAGGAAAUUAUUGAAGAUCUGGAGGAUAUCAUCACAAAGCUCAGGAGGGAUCAGUCUGAGACAGACUUUGAGAAAGACCGCCUCAGGGACGAGAUGGCUGAUCUAAAGGAGCAAAAUGUAAAAAUGGAAGGUCUCAUCAACUUCCUGGAAGAAGAAAAGACAAGAAUACAAGGAAAACUGGAGAAAACUCUGGCAUUUGAUAAAGACCUGGUGCUAGAGUUGGAAGCCAUGCGGACCAAAUAUGGAGUGUGUGGAAAGGAGCGCUUGCCGUCACGACUUGAUGCUUUUGUUAAAAGUCUAGAAGAAGAGCGAGAUUACUACCGUCAAGAAGCGGAGAGAUACAAAAGAUCCAGAGGCGACACAAGCCCAAGUCGCAGUCCUGUAAGGAGCAGAAGUCCCAACAAAGGAGACACAGAGGGUGAAGUUCACCGAUUGAUUCAGGAGCGAGAUGAGCUGAGAAAUGUUCUUUUGGACUUUGAGAAACACAUGGAGGAUAUUCAAAAUGAUGUGAAAACUCUGACUGGUGAGAGGGAUAAACUAAAAGACUUAUUAAAACAGGCAAAUCAAGAUGAUUUGAAGGUAUCUAAGAGGAGACACUCGCAUGGUGUUUUAAACUUGGAGGAUGAGAUGAAAGAGGCUGAACUCAAAAUACUACAGUUGACCUCUGAAAGAGACUUACUAUUGGACAGAUUAGAGGAUGCUCAGGCCUCUGCUCUCAAUAACAGACAAGAGGAUGAAAAGAAGAUAGUCGACCUUGAGAAUUCUCUUAAAAUAUUGGAACGCGAGAGACUGGACUUGCGUGCCCAGGUGUGUCUGCUAAAGGAGAGCAGGGAGGCCGUGGAGGAGGAGCUGAAGACUCGCUGUGCGGCUCUGGCCCAAAACACCGAAGAGGCGGUUCAACAAAAGGCCGAGGCCAGUGCCCUGAGAUUAUUGCAGGAGCAGAUGGAGAGGUCUCUGUCUGACACACAGAACAGACUCACUCUGAAGAGGAAUGAGCUCCAUGCUGCACGAGAGCAGAUCGACAAGAUGGAGGAGAGAAUGGUUGAGCUGACUCAGCAGAGCUUCAGGCACAAGGAGGAAGUGUCUCUCCUGCAGAAGUCCAUCUCAGUGCUGGACAGAGAGAAGGAUGCUCUGCAGGACGAGGUGGAUCUGAAGACGGAGAAGCUGGUCGCUCUACAAGACGAGCUCAACAAAAAGGAGAGGACCAUUGAAGAAGUAAGACUUACAGUUACUAACAUGGACAACUCACUGGCUCAGCUUCAGGGGGCUCUAAACAGCCGUGAGAGAGAGGUGGUCAGUCUGAGAAAACAGUUGGACACUUGUCAAGAGGAAGUGACUGGACUGAAGAGGGAUAGAGAAAUUACUGUCCGAGAGAACAGGAGGCUACAGGACGACCUUGUCACAAUGACCAGAGAAAACCAAGCUGUGCAUAUAGAGAUGGAAGAAGCAUUACAUGAGAAAGACGAGCUUAAGCUAAGAGUCCACUCAUACAUCACUGAAGUGGCCAGAAUAGAAAAAGUGAUGGCUGCUAAGGAGCAGGAGAACAGAGACCUCCUGGAGCGCUUUAGAAUGGCCCAUACAGAUGUGGAGGAGCAGGAGCAGAAGCUUCAGCAGGCAGAGGGCAUAAACAACACCAUCAGGCUGGAGCUGCUGUCCACCGACACAGAGUGCAGACAUUUGAGAGAGACGGUCAGCAACCAGGAGAGAGAAAUCAAACAGCACAUGCAGGCUAUACAGGCAUAUGAGGGGCAGGUGUCUUCCCUGAUUCGUGGGAUGUCCCGUCUGGAGCAGGAGCUGCACAAGGCCCAAGAGGAGAAAGCCUCUCUGCUGUCAGACCUGGCUUCUGUCCGGGAGCUCUGUGUUAAAUUAGACUCGGGGAAAGAAAUCACUGCACGACAUCUCACCAACAAGAGCAUGGAUCUGGAAAGGGUUACAGGGGAGCUGGAGGAUGUUCGAUCAGAAGUUGAGCUCCUCAAGAAGCAACUGGCCAGUGAGAGAUUAACUGUUCGCAAUCUGGAAACUCUUCUCUCCACCAAUCGACAAAAGGAGUUUCAGACACACCUCACAGCCAGUGAGAAGGAGUCAGAGCUGAAAAUACUACGAGACAGACUCACUCUCGCUGACAGCAAAAAUGCUGAACAUGCCCGAGAGGUGUCUCAACUGCGCAGUAAAGUUUCUCAGUUGCAGACAGAGAUGGACGUGUUGAAAAGGCAGCUGACCAGUGAACGCUUUGAAAGGGAGAGAGCUGUCCAGGAGAUGAGGAAACAGGGUUUAUCAUUCUUGUCCCUGAGGAGUCUAUCACCUCAUAACGUCUCCUCCGCGUCUCAUUCCUCUGUGGAGCGCUCCAUCCUCCAAAGUCUCAAUCGGACUCAAGACCGAAGUCUGGACCAAAGUAGGGACCAGUCCAACGAGUCCAAAGCAGUGGACAAAAGUGUGAGCUUCAAGGAGUAACAACAUUUUACUACUGAGGAGCCAUUGUGUGAGCCUCCAAAGCACCAGUGUUUUAUACCUACUGUCAAUAUUGGUCUGUUUUUCUGCAUUAUGUCCCAUAUAGUCUCAAACAUGCUGCCUAACCUGAUGUGAUGAGAUUGUAAGUGAGCCAUGAGUCCCUAAAUAAAACCAUAAUGCCAACAUGGGACCUCUCAAAACAUAAUAAAUAUGAAAUUAAUAUUUUAUAGCUGGAUUUUGAAGGACUAUUUUUUGUAUUUGUUGCCUCCGACAAAGCUUUGGACCACA